AAUCAGGCAGCGCAAUGUAGAGUAUGGGUAGGAACUCAUAACAUCAGGGAAGUGAACAGUUUUACUGAGAGGUGCAAAACAAGGCAAUUGUUUUUAUGAAAGCCUCUUAAAGGAAUUUGUCGCACCGCAGUGAUGUCCUGGUUGGAUUACACAGGCUAGUACUAACGCUAAAUUGGUUAACUGAGUGUUAACUCAAGUGUUAUUAGAGGCUUAGUUAGACAUAGCGUUACGAAGAGGAGGGGAGAAGUAUUGCGACAUCAACCUGCGCUUCCUGAAGUGAAGUCAAGCUAGGUAACCUAAAACCUCCAACCGCAGAGGACGCCGAAGGUGAAAAACAGAGUUCAGGAAAAGGUUAAGCAAAAGUCCGACGUAGUAAACUAUUUUAUAAGACAAUUCGGAUUAUCUUUUGGUAAAGAUUAACGGAAUUUCGCGAUGUCUCUGGCCGACCAGAGCCAGCAGUGGUUCCCUACGAGUGUCCAGGUAACGGUGCAUCAGGCUCGGAGCCUGCGUAUCAAGGGCAAAAAUGGCACCAACGACGCCUAUGCCAUCAUCCAGGUGGCCAAAGACAAGUUUUCCACCUCUGUGGCUGAGAAAUGUGUCGAUCCAGUGUGGAAAGAAGAGGCUUCGUUUGACCUGCCACUCUUCCACCCGGGCAACGCUGAACGCUGCACACUGUAUGUCAUAGUAAUGCACCGCGCUCAAGUGGGGCUCGACAAGUUCUUGGGGCAAGCUGUGGUAAACUUACUGGAUCUUGAUGACAACAACUCUCACAAAAAGACAGAUUGGUUCAAACUGGUGGACAAGUCUGGAAAAGAGGACAAGGCACGAGGGGAGGUUCUGCUAGAUGUCCAAUUUAUGAGAAACAACAUGUCAGCUAGCAUGUUUGACCUUUCUAUGCAGGACAAACCACGCUCCCGCAUUUCCAAGCUGAAGGACAAAGUCCGUGGGAAGAAAAAGGAUGGCUUCUCUGACUCUGCUUCAGCUAUUGUUCCCUCUGUCAGCCAGGUCCUCACGGACAGUGAGACGGAGGCUGAUGCACAGUCACUCAAUCAGUUUCCAGGAGCUAAAAAGAAAUCUAAGCUCAAAACACUCUUUGCUCCCAAAUCAAACUUGCAGCGCAACAUCUCGCAGUCCAUGUCUACUCUGGGGACUCCUUCCGAGAAGAAUUCAUCUCUCAGUGGCAGCCGCUCGUCUGGCCUCAAUGUAGACUCUCCUGAAGUUAAAAAGAAAUUCAAAUUCCUGGGACACAAGCGAACAGGCAGCUCUGAUAGCAAGGUGUCUCAGGGUCCUUUCUCCCUACUAGGAAUAAAAUCCAAGCAGAGCACCAGUGACCUGAACAACCUGUGCAUCAACGGCAGCCAUGUGUACACAGAGGAGGAGUCCAAGAGUGGAUCUACGCUCAGUCUGAACAGCUCAGGCCAAGGGUCUGUGGAGGACGUCCGCAAACACACCUCUGACGUCUCUGCAGAUUCCUUCAAAAGUGUGCCUGUUCCCUCCCACAGUCAUGAGUCUACAGAUAGGGCAGUACUGGAGCAACAGCGCCACCAAGAGGAGGAGAAGAGAAGGCAGGCAGAAGAAAGGCGCAUAGCAGAAGCCAAGAGGCUGGAGGAAGAGGAGAAAUACAGGGUAGAGAUCAAGAGACUGCAGGAGGAAGAGGAGCGCAGAUGCAAAGAGGAACAGGAGAGGAAGAGACGCUUUCUUGAAGAUGAAGCAAGGAGGAAGAAACAGAUGGAGGAGGAGGAGAGGAGAAAGCAAGAGGAAGAACGCAGGAUGCUGGAAGCAGCAGAGAACCAGAGGCUUGAGGAGGAGCGUCGUAGAGCAGAGGAUCAGAAACGACAGGAGGAAGCCUCCAUGAGCGACAGGCUGUCAUCUCUGUUUGGAAUGAUCAGAAAGAAGGAGGAAAAAAAAGAGGAGGUACAGCAACAUACUAAAGUGGAGCUACCCACACUGGCUCCCCACAGUGACUCAAGAGAUCCAAAUCAGCCCAUUUCCCACCACUCCACCAACCCGUCUGAGGACAUUCCCCUCAGUUUAGAUCCUCAAGUUAGCAGAAAUGAAAGCCCAGCUGAUCAGCAGAAAUCCAGCCACAACCCACAAACCUCCUCUGCUAUGGUCUUCCUCAACCGCACUGCUAAAGUGUCUGCAGUCAAACCCAGAUUGGCUCAAUCUCUGGUGUCUGAACCUGCUGUCUGCCAAACCCCCAGUCAGUCGUGUCCUUCCCCAGCCACCUCUGAGUCCACCCUCUCUAGUGUCCCAUCUGAGUCCCCUGAUACUUUCUCCGACCUCCACUUAUCCCUGGCUCCACCAAACAUAAGUCAAAGCCCAUCUGGUUCCCCUUGUGGCAGCAUAGAGAAUUUGUCCUGUGUGGGAUCUUCACCCACCAUGGCGGAUAAGAAGAGAAGAGCACCCAUUCCACCUUCAAAUCCAGUACACGAGACCAAAACUGGAGGAAAUCACAUUUUUGUCAGAGAGAUCAAGAACCCUGCAUACGUAGAGGCAGAUGGAUCGCAGCAAGGCAAAAACAUUUCUCUACCACUUCCUGAUUAUGAAACCCUGUUUCCUCAGAAGAGACACGGAGUGCAAGGGCACACUCGAUGGGACCACAUAAUCGCUGAGGUCAAUCAGAGACACAGGGUCACUCCACCUAAAUUUCUGGGUCCAGAGAUGAGUGUGGAUGGUCCAGAGGAGCAUGAACCCAGUCUUAGGUCUUCACUCCAACAGGAGAGUCCUGUUAUGAGGCAUUAUCAAACACAACCUCAGGAGACCAAGCCUAUGUCAACAAAAAAAGUAGCCGCUCCAGCUCCCCCUAAAUCAGUCACACCUCCACCCCCUCGAUCAGUAGCAGAUUCCACUCAAAGACCGAGCCAAAAUAUUGCUCACCAAUCUCUCAUGAGGCCUAAUCCGUCUGCAGUCCCAGGACCUGUAAACACUGAUGCUUCAAGCAGAGAAAGUCUCUCAGUAAUGUCCAGGGAUGGAGCAAGGAAUGUGUUACACCCGUCACCUGCAGGAACACAUGCACCCAGAACAUCUAGCCAUAUGGACUGGGAUACUACAACACCACCAAAUGAUCAAAGAAAAGUGCAAGUCCCUAUGAACAAAGAGGUACCCACAGCCAAACCCAGACAGAGGGUUAGUGGCAAAGAGCCAGUACAGCAAGAAAAUUCUGCUGUAACACCAGUAGUCUCUGACAAAAAUCUGAACAGUGACAUCCAAACAUUAUCUAGUUCAAGUAUGAGCAGAGUGGACAAAACAGGCAGGCAGACAAAGGAGAACGUUGCAGAUUUUGACCCAUUCCCCAGUACUGAGCUUCUUUCCAAAGACCCAUGGGCACAGCUGACGCAGAACCCAGAAGCAGAUGACAUUUUUACCCACAGUGUACAGAGAGAGCAGAAACUAGAAGUUCAGCGAAUGACAGAUGAUCUUGAUAACAUUUUUAGUCAAGAGAAACCAACAGAUCAAUUUGCUAGUUUUAAUGGCAGUGAUUCAGACAAACACAGUGAGUACAGGCAAAAAGAUGAAGAUUCAAAGCAAGUCAGUCCUGCUUUCCAAAGAAGGUAUUCACAGAAACGAAAACAGAUUGUUCCGUCCACAACUCACUCCGAUAAGACUUCCAAGUCUCGACAAGAACCCGCAUAUAAAGAAAAAACAACCUUAACCAAAGCUAAUCAAGGCCUCUCCGCAAAAGACGUCGUGAAUGAGCCAAUCGCACUGAAGCUUCAAGCUGAUGUGAAAACACCAAGAAAUUUUUAUGGAGGAGAGGAUCCAUUUGGAACUGAACCUUUUGCUGUAACCUCUGCCUCGACCCCAUCAGAGCCCCUCCAGGAAGUUAUGGAAGAACCAGCAUCUCAGGCAGGAGGUUUGUCUGGGGGAAAGACACUUUUGCAAGCGUGGGUCUCACCCUCUGAGUUUCAGCCUGUCAGUGCUCAGAAUAGCAAUGGAGGUGGGCUAGCCUUAACUCCACGCAGGCCUCAUCCUGUGAAGCCCAUGAGCUCAGUUGAGAGCCAGCAUCCCAUCAGCACCCCUGCUUUGAAAGAGAUUAAGGUCCGUGACAGCACACCAGGGAAGAUUCAGGUGGCAGACUCGGUGCAAAGUGGACCUUACACUCAGCUGACACAGGAAGAGUUGAUCACGAUGGUGGUGAAGCAGCAAGCCGACCUGUCCAGGAAAGACGCUAAGAUCGUUGAGCUCGAAGACUACAUAGACAACCUGCUGGUCCGCGUCAUAGACGAAAAACCCACUAUCCUGCAAUCUCUUAACUCUGCCAAGCCAGUGUAAGGUAAAUGGCUGCUGGAGGAAGAGAGUCCCACUUAAGGAGCGAGUUAUGUUUGUUGUGUGUGUUUGUACUAAUGUCACUCUGUACUGAGAGACACGACCUCUAUGAAGAUCUUAGAGCAUAUGCACUUUUUUAGUUUCAGAGUCAAAAUUUGUUUGAGAAUGCUGCAAAAUUGUCUCUGAAGUAAUAACAUUUGGUGAUAAUUACAAGCAAGUACCUUUUUAUAUAAGCAAAUGAAUGUAUUUAUUUUAACACUAAGGUACUGGAAUUUGCUUUAAAAAAAACGUCUUACAUGAAAAUAUAUUCAACAUCUUGAUUUAUAUUCCACACUUGAUGAAACUUGGGUUGAGCUUUAUUUAAUAUACUAAUAAUGCUGAGAAAAACUAUAGUUUUUUUAAAAAAAUAUUUUCUGUUUUUUUACUCUUUGAACUGGGCUUUGUGUAACUGCUGUGCGAUGAAUGAUCAUACACGUAACCUUUAUACAACCAUUCCAAAUUCAUGCACCACCUUGAUGAGUGGUAAUAUUUCUCUCAUAUAAAUAUAUUUGCAAUAAAUUGAUGAAUUCACUUGCACAGCAUUUCUGCAGGUCAUAACUAUGAAUUAUGACCUCACGAGCUGAGUCAAGAUUAAGAUUGUUUAUUUAAGUAUAAGUGCACAUUGACUUUUUCCUCCACUACUGAAGUCUUAUUUUUUAUUUUCUUUGUUGAUCAUUUUGGCUGGCAUGUAUUUUUUUCUAACCAGACAAUUAACAACAUUCCUCCUGUUUUACUCACCACAGUCGAAUGUCAGCUGGUCGUCCACGCCUUAAAAAGAUAUUGUGCUACUAUUUUUGCUUAAAAGAGGUGUUAUUUAGAAAACCAGCAAUAAAUAAAAGCGAGCAGCUGCUAUGUACUGUAUAUCAUUUGAAUUACACAGUAGUUACAGCAGCUUUCAUGUGGUUGUAAUGUAGCCUUUGCACAUAGUUUGAAAUAUUAUGCAAGUAAUAGUACAGAAUCAUACUCUUCAAAUAAUAAUGUGAGCUUUUGAUCACUGUGAUGUUUAUGUUGUGUAGUGAAAACCAAGAGAUAAUCCAAAACUAAUCAUCAGAGGAACAGUAAUAGACUCAGUAUCAGUAAUAACCAGCCAGCCUUGUCUUUGAACUACACUAAUGAAUGAAUCCUGCAUCUAUGCUUUUCUAUUUUGUCUUGACAGAAGUGAUAGCAAUAUUAAUCUUCAGAAUGUACAGAUCUGUGCCUUCAAAACCUUUUUCAUUACUUUUAUGUCUGAUUUGCUGGAUGGACACAAUUGUGUGCUACCUCUUCUUUUUCUGGAGUGAGAGCUCAGAGAAUGUGCUCUGAUGUAUCGAGUGUUUGUCUGACGUGAAAACAAUAGUGCAGUCGAUGUAAAACCUCUGAAAGAAGUGAUGCUGAGCAAAAUAUGGUUUUAUUUGAAAUAAAGACUAAGUAUUUCACCUGA